AUGAUGAUCAUUAUAAGAACUCCUGAUCUGCCUCCACCUCCACCUCCACCUCCACCCCCUCUACCCUCUUCAUCCUUUCCAAUGACCGAAGAUGCAAACGAGCAGCACAAAGUUCUACAAGUUCAAUUUCCUUUAGCAGACUACAAAUUCCAACUUUGCGAAACAAGCAACGAUCGGCAAAUGGAUCUCGAUAUGUCGAAUUCAGAGACUGUUACUGUGAAAGUCACUGCCCAGCAAAUCAAUCCAGGUGGAAACAAUUGCAUAUUUAUUUGUCGCUAUCCUUCAGCCAACGACCAAGACCCAGAUUCCGACAACAACAACAAUAACGACUUCGACUCGAAACUUCCCAAGAUAUUCGUGGCAAAGGAGUUUGGGGAUAGUAAAGACGAGCUUGAUACUUAUGAGCAUCUCGCAUCUUUACAAGGCGUUUAUAUUCCUAAAUGCUUCGGGGAAAUCUAUUGGAAGGAUGAAGACGGGUUAGUGCAUAAAGGAAUUGCACUUGAAUUUCUCGAGGGCUUUCGACGUUUGGAUGAUACCGAUGCCAAAAACGAUCUUAUGUAUUGGAAAUAUAAAAAGGCUCUGGAAGCUAUUGGAAACAAAGGGAUAUUUCACGGGGAUGUUGCAUUUAGAAAUCUUAUGUGGCACCCUCAGCGCGAAGAAGUAAGGGUUAUUGAUUUCGACCAGGCAAAGGCAGCAACUGAGGAGUGGAGAAGAGAUGGAAAAUCAGUUAAAGAACAGAACUUCAUCGAGUUGGAAGGUCUUUUCAAGGUGGAGGAUAGCGAUAUCAUCCGUGAAUAUUUGCCAAUGAUAUACGCCAAACCAAGGUGGAUGUUAGAUCCACCUAUUUUGCCAAAGAAGAUUCGGGAACGAUUCUAG